AUGUCGGACGGAGGAGCGCCGUCGAGGUACGUGAAGUUGACGAAGGAGCAAGCUCCGGUCGAUGAGGUUAAUCCCGGCGAACUCAAUCAGCCGAUUCAGGUUCCUCAUCUAGCUGUUCACAAAUGCAAUGAGUGUGGUCAAACUUUGCCUGAGAAUUUUGAAGCUCCUGCAGACGAGCCAUGGACUACCGGAAUAUUCGGUUGCACUGAGGACAUGAGCAGUUUUUGGCAGGGACUCAUUUGCCCAAGUGUUCUGUUCGGACGUGUCUAUGAAACUCUGAGUGACGAGGAAACCUCGUGGACCAAAGCGUGUAUUUGCCAUUCGAUUGUCGUAGAAGGCGGCCUCACAGCCGCGUCGAUCGUCGCUUGUGUUCCGGGUAUAGAUCCGCACACCUCGUUUCUCAUCUGGGAAGGCUUGUUGUUUGUUUGGUGGAUGUGUGGGAUUUACACUGGAAACGUCCGCCAAACUCUACAGAGGAAAUAUCAUCUCCAGAACUCUCCGUGUGACCCAUGUAUGGUGCAUUGUGUUCUCCACUUUUGUGCGGUUUGUCAAGAGCACCGUGAGAUGAAGAACCGUCUUUCCGACAACUUUGUGAUGCCAAUGACCGUGGUUAACCCGCCACCGGUUCAAGAGAUGAGUGCCUCUAAUGACAGAGACCACCGUGACCAUGUUCCGGUGUCACACCAUAGUUCUGAUCUGGAGAUGCGGCCAUUGUAG